UCUGCUAAUGUAAAUUUCGAACGAACAUCGGCUGAUUCAAAGUUCAAGGAUUUCAGAACGAUAGCUUUAUUUUUCUGAGACGAAGGAAUUACGCUGAAUUUUUUGUUAAAUAUUUUCGUUCGUGAAACAUGUUUUUUCAUAUUUGAUAUUUAUAUUUAGCAACUGGUUUAUUUUCCUGAAAUGCCUCAUGGUGAUUUGUUUAAUCAGCUUCGAAGUUUUCGGAGUGAUAGUCUAAAACAAGUCUCAACAACAGUCACAAUGUGUGACGGUCAGCAAUACUCAGAGACAUUGCAGGUCAAUGGGAUACUCUGUAUCUAAAACAGGAUUGAGUACUGGUUUGUUGUGGAUACUAAAGCAGAUAUUACAGUGUCUUUAGUUAUGCAAGGCCUUAUACUUGGAUCCCAGGAUGUGGCUAUGGAGCUGAAAAUUUUGGAAGACUUUAACGUAACUCACAUACUGAAUGUAGGUUACCAAAUUCCGAAUUAUUUCGAGACGAAAUUUAUCUAUAAAAAUGUGGAGACACUUGACGACCCAUCUUACACUAACAUUCGGAUGUUUUUUGAUGGAUGUUUCCAGUUUAUUGAUGAUGGACGUCAAGAAGGCUGCAUUUUAGUGCAUUGUAAUGCUGGGCUUUCUCGUGCACCAACGAUUGUUAUAGCGUAUUUGAUGAAAAAAUAUAACAUGCGAGUGAAAGAAGCCUAUGCUCUCGUAAAAAGUGUGCGCUCAAACAUUAAGCCUAAUGAGGGCUUCAUGAAAGUACUGGAAGAUUACGACAAGGAACUUUUUACCGAAAAGAAGCAGUAAUGUGAGGUAAAUAAGCAAUACAAACUGAAUGACUUUUCAUCUUUUAUAUGCAUUUGUUAGGUUUACAGGGGUGCCCCAAUGGAUGGUCACUACGACCUCCCAAAAAUGUCCUUAUUCAACAACUUUGAAGUGAAAGACAGUAGUGCAAUAUUAAAAUUUUCUAUAAAUGCGACAUUUUAAUAAUAUUUUUUUAGAUUUUUUUUAGAGUGAGUGUGAUUGUAUUUGGUACAAUUUAGAGUUUUACUUGGUAAAUUGAGAAGUUAAGUUCAGUUAACUGAGAAGUUAAGUUAG